GUGUGUUCAACCAUAGGACCUCGUCUUCUCACUUCCAGUCUGCUUCUUCUUGUUAUUCACUUCGAACCUAAGCAACAAAACAAGCAGUAUAUCUCUUUGGCGUUCGAGAAUCGAGCUUGUCUACUUGGCAGACAACAGGGACUUGAUCAACACUCAUACCCUGCCGUUGCAGGCCAUCACAAUAGCGAAAACCUAUCACUCUGCUACUACAUCGGACAGCCCAGAGUCCAGACCUGA